AUGUGGAAAAAUGCUUUUGGGGGGAUGAAGGUUUCUUCCGUAUUCCAUAGCUCUCCAAACAAGAUGACAAUUGCAACCAAGACAUUCCCUACAUUCAAACAAUUAUACCGCGUUAUUUCACAAGAACUACUCGCAUACGAAAACAAAACGUUAGCAGCACAAGCUCAAAAGGAAAAUACUAAAUUAACGGCGUACUAUACAUACUUGAAAUCAGUAGCUCAACGAGAUGGUAAAUCAGUGGAUGAUUUAAACAGUAAACUAGACUCGUUGAAGAAGAACAAGUUGCAAACAAAUAAAGAGGGCGGUGGUGUUUCUGGUGCUGCUACAGAGAACACUGAGUUGCAAGAUUUGACUACGUUGCACAAUAUAAUUGAUGACAAGAUUGGUAUCAAUAACAAUUACGAAUUGAAUAAUUUAAACAAUGUUGCUAUAUUUUUAAAGAAUCAACGAGAGUAUUUUGAAUUGUUGGUGAGGUACAAUCCUGGGUUAUUGAUGGAUCAACAAGAAAAUGUAUCAAAGUCAGCCAAUAGAGUUGGAUUGGAUGUCCCUGAAUAG